AUGACUGCUCCUGCUACCAACCACGGUACUACCUUCUUCUUCACCUCCGAGUCUGUCGGUGAGGGUCACCCCGAUAAGAUUUGCGAUCAGGUCUCCGAUGCCAUUCUCGAUGCCUGCCUCAAGGAGGACCCCCUCUCUAAGGUUGCCUGCGAGACUGCCUCUAAGACUGGUAUGAUUAUGGUUUUCGGUGAGAUCACCACCAAGGCCCACCUCGACUACCAGAAGAUCAUCCGUGACGCCAUUAAGCACAUUGGUUACGACCACUCUGAAAAGGGCUUUGACUACAAGACCUGUAACGUUCUCGUCGCCAUUGAGCAGCAGUCUCCUGAUAUCGCCCAGGGUCUCCACUACGAGAAGGCUCUUGAGGAGCUCGGUGCCGGUGAUCAGGGUAUCAUGUUUGGCUAUGCCACUGAUGAGACUGAGGAGCUUCUCCCCCUCACUGUCGUUCUUUCCCACAAGCUUAACUCCGCCAUGGCUGCUGCCAGACGUGACGGUUCCCUCGACUGGCUCAGACCCGAUACCAAGACUCAGGUCACUGUCGAGUACAAGUACGACAACGGUGCCUGCGUCCCCCAGCGUGUCGACACUGUCGUCGUCUCUGCCCAGCACGCUGAUGAGAUUUCCACCGAGGAUCUCCGUUCCGAGAUUCUUAACAAGAUUGUCAAGGAGGUCAUCCCCGCCAAGUACCUUGAUGAAAACACCAAGUACCACAUCCAGCCUUCUGGACGCUUCGUCAUUGGUGGCCCCCAGGGUGAUGCCGGUCUUACUGGCAGAAAGAUCAUUGUCGACACCUACGGUGGUUGGGGUGCCCACGGUGGUGGUGCCUUCUCUGGUAAGGACUUCUCCAAGGUCGACCGCUCUGCUGCUUACGCUGCCAGAUGGGUUGCCAAGUCCCUUGUUGCCUCUGGUGUCUGCAAGCGUGCUCUUGUUCAGUUCUCUUAUGCCAUUGGUGUCGCUGAGCCCCUCUCUAUCUUUGUUGAGUCUUACGGCACUUCUGAGAAGUCUUCUGAGGAGCUUGUUGAGAUUAUCAGAAACAACUUUGACCUUCGUCCUGGUGUGAUUGUGCGUGAUCUUGACCUUGCUCGUCCUAUCUACUUCAAGACUGCUUCUUACGGUCACUUCACCAACCAGGAGAACACCUGGGAGAUUCCCAGAAAGCUCAAGUUUUAA